CACAGUCAGGGGCGGGCGCUGGGAGGCGAGCGUGAACUCAGCGACAGGAGAGUGAGCUCACCACGCGCAGCGCCAUGACCAGCAAGGAUCCCGAAGAGGAGCAUCCAUCAGUGACGCUCUUCCGCCAGUACCUGCGCAUCCGCACCGUCCAGCCCAAGCCUGACUAUGGAGCUGCUGUGGCCUUCUUUGAGGAGAGAGCCCGCCAGCUGGGCCUGGGCUGUCAGAAAGUGGAGGUGGCACCUGGCUAUGUGGUGACCGUGUUGACCUGGCCAGGCACCAACCCUGCACUCUCCUCCAUCUUGCUCAACUCCCACACGGAUGUGGUGCCUGUCUUCAAGGAACAUUGGAGUCACGACCCCUUUGAGGCCUUCAAGGAUUCUGAGGGCUACAUCUAUGCCAGGGGUGCCCAAGACAUGAAGUGCGUCAGCAUCCAGUACCUGGAGGCUGUGAGGAGGCUGAAGGUGGAGGGCCACCGGUUCCCCAGAACCAUCCACAUGACCUUUGUGCCUGAUGAGGAGGUUGGGGGUCACCAAGGCAUGGAGCUGUUCGUGCAGCGGCCUGAGUUCCACGCCCUGAGGGCAGGAUUUGCCCUGGAUGAGGGCAUAGCCAACCCCACUGAUGCCUUCACAGUCUUUUAUAGUGAGCGGAGUCCCUGGUGGGUGCGGGUCACCAGCACUGGGAGGCCAGGCCAUGGCUCGCUCUUCAUCGAGGACACAGCAGCAGAGAAGCUGCACAAGGUUGUGAGCUCCAUCCUGGCAUUCCGGGAGAAGGAAUGGCAGAGGCUGCAGUCAAACCCCCACCUGAAAGAGGGGGCUGUGACGUCCGUGAACCUGACUAAGCUAGAGGGUGGCGUGGCCUAUAACGUGGUACCUGCCACCAUGAGCGCCAGCUUUGACUUCCGUGUGGCACCGGAUGUGGACUUCAAGGCUUUUGAGGAGCAGCUGCAGAGCUGGUGCCAGGCAGCUGGCGAGGGGGUCACCUUAGAGUUUGCUCAGAAGUGGAUGCACCCCCAAGUGACACCUACUGAUGACUCAAACCCCUGGUGGGCAGCUUUUAGCCGGGUCUGCAAGGACAUGAACCUCUCUCUGGAGCCUGAGAUCAUGCCUGCUGCCACUGACAGCCGCUAUAUCCGUGCGGUGGGGGUCCCAGCUCUAGGCUUCUCACCCUUGAACCGCACACCUGUGCUACUGCACGACCACGAUGAACGGCUGCAUGAGGCUGUGUUCCUCCGUGGGGUGGACAUAUAUACACGCCUGCUGCCUGCCCUUGCCAGUGUGCCUGCCCUGCCCAGUGAGAGCUGAGCCCUGGAACUCCUCAACCUUUGCCCCUGGGGCUUCCAUCACAACCAGUGCCAAGGACCUCCUCUUCCCCCUUCCAAAUAAUAAAGUCUAUGGACAGGGCUGUCUCUGAAUUACUAACAGCAA